UGUUUGCGUCUCCUUCCUUCCCCCUUGCUGACUAUUACUCUGACUUGGAGUCUCCAUUAUUUUAAAACCCAGGUGGUGAGGAGGACAAGCACUAAAUCGCCAGCUGCUUUCUUAUUUGAAGCCUGUUUAAUUCCAUUUAGAAACAAAGUGUUCUUUAUGCCCUUCCUUCUCUUAGGAAGACUUAAAAGAUGGAGGAACUCAGCGAAGUCUUGAAGAACAAUAGGACGCAAGAUAUCUCUUGGCUUUGCUCUCUUUCAGAACCUGAACUGGAUUUGCUCAUCAGCUUAAAGAAGCUAGCCAUUCAUCGAGCUGAAAUAACUGAUCACUACGAACUUGCUGAUUAUUUUGAUCUCAAGUUGCUCCGCGCUCUCGGGCUUGUGCUAAUGGAAUAUGUAAGAAAAAAGGAUACCUCCCUUGUCCCAAGCGCUGUUCAUCAACUGAUGGGUUUGGAUAAAUGCAAUCUGUUGAAAACUCAUGUCGAUGAUACAACAAUAGACAUUGAGGAGAUAGUGACCGGAAUCUGCAAAAUGAAAAAGAAAAAGAAGAAGAAGAAGAGAAAACCCAUCAGAUUAAGAAGUAAAUCUCUCAAAAGGAGGCGUUAUAAGUAGCUGUGGUUGCGGUGGGGGAGAAAAGACUCUUCAACCAAUAAUCAGGAUAUUUAACAGCCAGAAGGAGCACAAAAGAUGGAUUUUGAUGAAAAAUGCAUAAGCAUGGUCAUGGACAUGGUGGACGCAACGAUGCAGGGGUGGCUUCCUUGAAUAUUUAGUUAGCUUCUUUUGCCAAGCAAGUAGCUUACUUUGUGCUGUCUUGUGGCAGAUUUAGAAAAGCUGCAUCUUUCAUAGUAAAGGCAUUAUGAUGAUUUUAUAUCAAAGAUGCUUUAGUUUGAGGACCCAAGUGUAUCUUUAUCAUCGCUUUGUAUUCAAAUGUUAAAGAAGUUCAGAGGCGCAGGGUUUUUCUUAAA